CCCCAGCUGACCUUGUGAGAACAUUCUGGCUACGUCAAAGCACCGUGAGAACCUGAGUGACAACUUCGAGAUCCUCCGAGCCCCUUAUUUGGCGUUUUUUCAAGCUGACAACGGUUUCAUGUGGUAGAUUUAUCAUCAACCACAUUUCCUAUCAGUUUCUACAGAUAGAAGUGACUGACUUACUGUGUAGGUUGAACAACAGACCCAACUACAUUCACACGUACAUGUAAACCAGGAGAACCUAACAGCCAGGGGACCAAACACCACACCACAGCAUGCGGAACCUGACAAUCUGCCCAGUUCUCCUUCUCCUGUGCCUGGCAGGAGCCAUCGCUCAGGUGGAAAUCCCCACUUUUCUCCCGACGUCAGACACCACGGCGCGACCCACCACCCGGGAAAGCCCGCUUCUCAACGCAAACGAUGACCCUACUGUACUACAAGGUAGUCUGAAGUAUCCAAAUGGCACAGCCUGCCUGCUGUAUAAGAUGGGACUCGCUGUCCAAAUUCUUUACGGAACCACAGAUUCAAGGAUAGGAGUAGCCAGGUUUGCCCUUCCCACUGAUACUACGGUUGGCGGAUUCUGUGGCGUAACCGCCGCUAUGCUACAGUUUGCCUUCAACAACGGGACCUACAAUGUGUCGCUUGAGUUCACUAACGAUGGCAAACAGUUCGAAGUGUCUGCCGCCUCUGUUGGAUGGGUGUUUGACUCGACAAACUUCCCAAACGCAUCCCUCCAAGGUAAAAGUGCUGCUCAGAAUAACACACAAGGAGACUUGGGGUUGUUUUACGCUCCACUUGGGCAGUCGUACCUUUGUCGAUCGGAGGACUCCAAAGAGAUAAGUGUUGAUGUCACUCUGUUCUUCAUCGAGGUGCAGGUCCAGCCCUUCGAUGUGACAGCGGGAAAAUUUGGACAGCCUCUGGAGUGCAAGAAGGACAUGCCGACCACACCGGCUCCUACAACAAAGGUCCCAACAACGCCAGCCAUGAACACGACAACCGCACCCAACACCACAUUGGCUCCCACAACAACAGCUUCACCUAUCAUGAACACCACAACAGUCCCUGGGACCACUGCCAGCCCACCUACCCACCGUGGGAAGUGGCACGUCCGCAGCGAAAACGACACCUGCCUGCUCGCUUACAUGGCCGUCAGGUUUGAAGCACAUUACCUGACAAAUGAUGGCAGCAAUGGAACUGCGGCAGUGUGGUUGCCUACUGACGCAACAGCAGACGGCUCCUGCUCUGAACACAACAGUGUGAUCGAACUGAGGUCGGACGUGUCAAACUUGACCAUCAACUUCCUGAAGGCGGCAGGAAGUACGUCCUGGAGUGCAUCCUCCAUUUUCUUCUCCUACAGAGAACUUCCAGCCUUCUUCAUAGACACAGCCAACCCUGGCCAGCAGCAUAUUGUUCGAGUUGACCACAUCAACAUGUUUAUGACUGGCACGGGACAAUCCUACAAAUGUGACACAGAGAUAUCCGUACCCCUGAAAGAUGGCGUCACCCUCAAACUCAGCCAGCUUCAGGUGCAGGCAUUCGACGUACAACAUGGCGACUUUGGAACACCCAAAAGGUGUCCAGCUGACCUCCCCCCUACCCCCGCCCCGACCAUGACCCCCUUGUGUCCCCACCUGCCUCCCCCAGGGAAGUGGGUGGUGAAAGAUGCAAAGGGUAACCCCUGUCUCCUGGCUGACAUGGCACUACAGCUCCGAUCACGUUACAUCACUGCUGACAACGCCACAACGGUAGGGUGCAUUGGCAUACCAACUAACGCCGACGUUACUGGCGUCUGUGGACAGAAUACAUCCCAGCUCAGUCUUUCCUUUCACGCUGGAGAGUUCAACAUAACCUUCACGUUUUCGGAGUCGCCUCAGAAUUCGUCCAAUCCAGGCAGCGGGGACAAGUUCGGUGUGUCACAGGUUUCUGUCGAGUACUUCAUCAACGACAUAUGGUUUCCCUCUGCCCAACAGCAGGGCCAAAGGGUGAAGAUCACCACUCCAAACAUGGAGAUAUUUGAGGCACGUGUUGGCCAAUCGUAUCAGUGCAUGAGGCAGACCAACGUCACCCUAAACAAGGAUGUCACUCUCUUCACGCAAGACCUGCACCUCCAGCCAUUCUCAGUCAGCGGGUACGGUUUUGCAAAAUCCUACGUCUGCCCCGAGGACCCGACCCCAGAACCGUCCUGGAAGGCCAACAUCGUGCCGAUGGCAGUAGGCUGUGCACUCGGAGCUUUUGUGAUCGUCGUGACACUGGGAACAUAUAUCGUGUACAGGCGCAGGCAGAAAAGAAUGGCAGGAUACUCCCUUCUCUCUACAACGUGAGAGAAGUGCAAGAAAUUGCCAAGAAUACUAAUGCUACUUUCUGCAUGUAAACUUUAUGAUCUUUCUUGACUGCCUUUGAAAAGUUUGAUGAUAAUGCAUGUAACUACUAGUAGUAUAGGGGAUGGAAAUACACUUUUAUAAGCAUAUAUUAGGCAGAUAUGUAGUAUAUGAAUGGUGUUGAUAUGAUAUAAUACUAGUAUCUGUUACACAGUGGUUUAUGCUGCCCCAUCAUGUCCAACGAUUCUUUUGAUUUUAAGAGAUGAUUGUGAGGUGUUAUUCUGCAAAUCAUGUUUUGACUCAGUUGUCUAAGGCAAAAUGUUGUAUUUGAGCCAACUUAUGCCCUUCAAAGUGUCAUUUCUUUAAUAAAUAAAGAGUGCAAGCUGAUAUUAAGUGAAUCUAUAUUAGGGAGUGAGAUAGAUAAGAUCACUGUAAUGUUUGAAUGUGGAAUUCAAAAGUUAAAAUAGUGCUAUGACCCGUUUUGCUUACCUUAACAUAUUAUGUUUAUCAUCACAGAAGGUUAUUAUUGUUUUUGCUGUGAGUUAUUUCUUCUUCUUCUUUCUUCUCCAAACAACAAGGUCAAUAUGACUGGUCAUGUGCUGGUAACCAUGCGUAUGGAUGUUUGAGCAAAAAUAUAAUAGAGUAGUAGUUUGCAAGGCUAGACUAUGUGAAUGUAAACAUUAAUUUGCUUGCAGUUAUUUAGUUAGAUCCCAUUGAGUUAGAUCCCAUUUCCUUAAAUGUUGUGCAUCAGGUUUGUAUUCAAGAUGACACUUAAACAGUGCAGAAAUGAAAACGAUACCAAAUAUUACUUUUUGCUAGUCAGCAAAAGAGCUUUGCUAUACCACUGUAAUGUGAAUGUAUGUUUCAUAGACAAUGUGCUGAGCUGAGGAGCUGUUUUUUUGUGAAAAAUAGAUUGUGCUGUUAUAUCAUAGUAUACACCACAAUGUGUAUGUUUCAUAGACUUUUAGUGGAAUGGGAGCAAAAAGCCUCGUAUUAGAGGAAUGGAGAAAAGAAAUAGCCAAAUAGAGCUAGGAGUUUGAAUUGGUUUUGAACCUGGAAGUGAAACUUUACAAGAGAAGUAUUUAACUUCAGUUGUAAUUACUCUUGAUACAAAUGCAUAUAGCUGUACUGUCUACAAGUUUUGUUUUUGGAGUACUAGAUAUCAUAACUUUCUUUAGGUCACUGCAAGGAGCUUUCAUCAACUUGGUCACUGCACAUGUAACAUUGUUUUAGUGUGAAGCUGUUGUGUUCAAAUGCUUAGUUUUUGUAAAUAUUUUGAGAGAACUCUAUUUCCUGGUUUGUAGAAUGGAACGUUGUACAUACAGAGAAUACUUUUACUGUUUAUCAUGUCUAAAAUGAGGACGUGAAAUGUAUAUAACUUGAAAUGGUUUGUCUUAUUGAUACUGAUAUUGACUGGCUGUCUGUAUUCAACUUUCCUUUUAUUGGUACACUUAUAGAUAUAGGCGUCUGGAAAUAGAUGAAAGAAAUUGUGUAUCAGAAAAAGUAGUCUUGCACAUGACCUGAAUACAUAUUUGGUCACGUUGAAUAUAUUGUCAAAAUAUAAUAUAAUAAAGAAAAGACAGGUUAUUAGAUCAAGUGGCAAAACAGUAAGAUUAGAUUGUAAAAGUAUAUUUUACUUAUUGAUGGUAUCUUUGCUGUCUCUACCUGUGUUAGGGUGGUACAUGUAAAUGAUGCAGUGAAAGAGAGCUUCAAAUACAAAGAAAAUAUAUGUGUAUGGAACUAUUUUAGAAAUUAGGGUGCCAUAAAAAGGUAAUACACUGUACAUGUAUAUUGAAGCCAAACAUGGUUGAGAAGCAAUAUUUCCCAUGAAUGAAGUAUUGUGUUAGCAGCACUGGUGUGUGGUUGAAAUAAAAUAUGGUUGGUUGAAAAUA